AUGCUCUCUCGACGCCUCGCAACAGCGCGACCUCUAACCCAUCUCCUCCGCAACCCCGUCACCUACCGCCCACAAAUCCGCUACCUAUCCCAAGCCGACAUCGAAGACCCUAACAUGAACGGUGGCUACAUCAACCCCCCUGCGAUUCCCCGUCAGUUCCGUGAUCCCUACGCCGACUGGUGGGAUAAGCAAGAACGGCGCAACUACGGCGAGCCUGUACAUGAGGACAAUGAUAUCCUUGGCGUAUUCUCUCCAGAAGAGUAUACACAUUUUAAGCCUGGGUGGGGGGCUGUUUGUUUGGGCAUUUUCGUCGCGACGUUUUUGGGGUUGGUGACUGUGGUGGGAGUGUAUUAUCCUGAUAUGCCGGCAGUGAGGAGGGGUUAUGAGGGGGGUUUAGAUCGGGAAUUGGGCGGUGAAGGUGCUGUGCUGGCGAGGACAGAGGAUGGGGUUGAUUGA